GCGUGCGUGUCGCUGGCCACUCUUUGGUGCGACAGGCACUCGACGGCUCCCUCGCCUGCAAGUGGCGCCCAUUUUCCAAAAGUUUCAAUGGUAGCCACGAUCCGCAAGCCCGCGCCCGCGUUCACCGCGCCGGCCGUCGUCAACGGUGAGUUUGAAGACGUGAGCUUGUCCGAUUUCAAGGGCAAGUACGUCGUGCUGUUCUUCUACCCGCUCGACUUUACGUUUGUGUGCCCGACGGAAAUCAUUGCGUUUUCGGACCGCAUCGCCGAGUUCCAGAAGCUCGACACGGUCGUGCUGGCGGCGUCGUGCGAUUCCAAGUUUUCGCACUUGGCUUGGAUCAACCACCCGCGCAACGACGGCGGCCUCGGCCCGAUGAACAUUCCCGUGAUUUCCGACAUCACGAAAAAGAUUGCGCGCGACUACGGCGUCUUGAUCGAGGACGGCGACGACGAAGGCGUGCCGCUCCGCGGUCUCUUUAUCAUCGACCCCAAGGGCAUCUUGCGCCAGAUCACGAUCAACGACUUGCCCGUGGGCCGCAACGUGGACGAAACCCUGCGCCUCGUGCAAGCGUUCCAGUACACGGACGAGCACGGCGAAGUGUGCCCGGCAGGGUGGACGCCCGGCGCCGCCACCAUGGUCGCCAACCCCACCGACUCGAAGGCGUACUUUAGCAAGCAGCGUUAAGUUUCGAUAAACGCGCGAUGGGUCGUUCGCGAAGUCGCGUCGAGAGAAAACACUCUGUCGAGUGGUGGCA